AUGAGAAGAAAGGAUUUAACAACAGAUGAGAGGUCUUCAAUGCUUCAAUUCCUUCUUCUUGAAAGCAAAAAUGGUAAGCCACCAAGAGGGAAGAUGAAAGCUAUGGAGGAGAAGUUCCACGUCUGCCGGCGAACUGUUUCGCGCAUUUGGGCUGAGGCAAAACAACAACAAAAUCAAGGGCAUGCCACAAAUUCAUCAAGUAAGAAGAUAGCAAGACCAAGAAGAAAAAGAGUUGAAAUAGACCUAGAGCUAAUUGCAAGUUUAGAUUUAACAAAGAGGUCCACCAUAAGGAGACUAGCUAAUGGCAUAAAUUGCAGCAAGAGCACCGUAGGUCGGUGGAUAGAUCAAGGUCUGAUCAAAGCUCACACGAGUGCACUAAGACCUGACCUUACAGCCCAAAAUAAGCUGUUAAGGUUGAGGUUUUGCUUAGAUGCAAUAGAGAUGGGCAGGCUGUCACAUAACUUGAGGUUCAAGAGCAUGCAAAACAUUGUACACGUAGAUGAGAAAUGGUUUUACUUAACAAAGAGUUCUCACAGGUUCUAUUUAACACCAACAGAGGCUGAACCACAUAGAACAUGCAAGAACAAGAACUUCAUAAAAAAGGUGAUGUUCAUAUCUGCAGUGUGCCGACCACUGUUUGCUGCAGAUGGCAGCAUUAUAUUUGAUGGGAAGAUAGGCAUAUUCCCAUUUACAGAGAUGGUGGCAGCAAAAAGAUCAAGUAAGAACAGGGUGGUUGGAACUCUAGAGCAAAAGCCCAUAGAAAGUGUGAGCAAACCAGUUAUGAGAGACUUUUUCAUCAACAAGAUUGUGCCUGCCAUCAUAACCAAGUGGCCCUCUUUUGCAAGCAAAGACGUGUUUAUUCAACAAGAUAAUGCAAGACCACAUAUUUCCAAUGAUGACUUGGAGUUUAGAGAGGCUGCCACACGUGAUGGUUUCAAUAUCAACAUUGUGAAUCAACCUCCAAACUCACCCGACACCAAUAUCAAUGACCUUGGGUUUUUUAGGGCCAUUCAAAGCCUACAAACUGAAAUUGCAUGCAGUGAUGUUGAUGAUUUAGUGAAUGCAGUGCAUAAAGCUUAUGAAGACCUAGAUCCAAUGUCUUUAAACUGUGUUUUCUUAAGCUUACAAGGUUGCAUGUUGGAGAUCAUGAAGGUGAAGGGCAAUAACUGUUAUAAGCUGCCACAUAUGAAGAAAGGGACAUUGAUGAGACACGAUUUGCUUCCAACAAGUUUGGAAGUCCCCCAUGAACUUGUCACACAAAGCAUGAAGUAUUUGAAAGACCAAGGUGCAGAUGAAGGACUAGAACAGCUAAUGGAUAGAUUAGGUAUUAAUGAAGCAAAUAUGGAUGGCAUUGAAGAACUUUUCAAUGCCAUGAUGUUGCUUGAUUAA